UUAUGUUAUGGGCGUCAAAGUUGACAGGAACAAGAUUGAGGAUAUCUUUUUCGAAUAAAAGGAGACUAAAAAAUAAAUAUAUAGCAAAUAUCAAUUACAAGCCGAGAAAUGGAGUCUGUGAGAGAACCAGACAUAAAUUUAUUGAGUUCGACGGAUUUUUCUCCUGAAAAAUAUGUAAGGGAUCUAUCUCAGCAUUGUGUUGGAGGUCCAGAGCUACGUAGGCUAAGGAAAAAAGUCCAAAGUCUUUCUGAGGAAACUAACAGCACUUUGAAGAGAAAUGUAUACCAAAAUUACAUGCAAUUUAUCGAAUCAGCUAAAGAAAUAUCACAUUUGGAAAGUGAAAUGUAUCAACUAUCACAUUUAUUAUCAGAACAAAAAUCACUUCUUACAUCCUUAUGCAGUACUUCAAUAUUAGGAGAUGAUUCAAUGUUAAUACGUAGAUCAGAAAAUAAUGACGAUGAGGAUAAAAAACAGGAGGAAUUCAAUCGUGAGAAGAUAGCAAGCAUUUUGGAGAAAGUAGAAGGAUGCAAAGAGAUUCUCGAAAUACCAGAUAGAACUUAUCUGUAUGAGGGGCCAUUGGUAGAAUUAGAUCCUCUGGAUAAUAGUCCUGUGAAAAAUGUACAAGCAUAUUUAUUUUCAGAUGGCCUUAUGAUUUCUACUAGAAAUAGUCAAGGAUUAAUGAAGUAUGUUUUUGAAGUGAUGUAUGAAAUUGGAAGCUUAGCAGUUGUUAAUGUAAAAGAUUUGGGAAAUGUGAAACAUGCCUUCAAACUCUUGAUUUUUCCAGACACUAGAGUUUUUAAAUGCAGUUCUAGUGCAGUUAAGAAAGAAUGGCUCGAAAAAAUUGAUCAAGCUAAGAAGUCAAAAUUGAAUCAUGAUCAGCAGAAAAGAGAAUCAACUAUUGAGAAAUCCCCAUCUAGGUCUGCUUCUAUUGAUUCUCCAAGUAUUAAUCCAUUUGAAGAAUACGAAGAAGAUGGGGAAAUAUCCCACCCUGAAUGGUUCCUUGAAGCACCAGAAGAAUUGGAUGUGUGUGUUGCACAACGACAUUUCGAGGAUGCACUUUCCCUUUUGCAAAGAGCUUUAGAAUAUGCUGCUAAUGCUCCACAGGACCAUCUCUUGACAGAAGUUCAAAAGAAGGUAGAUCAGAGACAUACUCAUUUAACUGAAGUUCUGAUGAAAGAACUUGAAAUUAAACCAGGAAAAUCAAUGCAAGGGGGUUUGGGAGCAUCCAGAAGGGCUGUUCGCCUUUUGAUCACUUUAGGUCAGCCUAAUCAGGCUUGUGACCUAUUCCUCAACAUCUGUACCUGUAUGCUGAAAAUACAAUGUAAAAGGGUUAAGAGAGAGGGAUCCACUUCCAUGUACAUCAAACAUUUAUCUAGUGUUAUAUUCACAAAUAUUUGCCACAUGACUGAAGAAUUCUUAAGAAACUUUCUACAAUCCACAACUUGUUAUUCCGCGUAUGUAGUAUGGGUGAGUACGCAGCUAUCUCAAUUUGUUGCUCAUUUCAUCAAACAAGUCUUUGGUGCUCAAAGUUCCCUAACAAUUGUUGCUGAAUGUGUUGAUCUAGUGAGAUGUCAAUGUGAACGGUUAUGUAGUUACGGAGUUGAUAUGUGUUAUCAAAUAGAUGGUUUACUGAGAGGCUCAAUAACAAGAACACUAAGAGAUACCAGAGAUAAAUAUGUAGAUUCCAUUAAAAUACGAGCUGCAGAAGAUAGCUGGUCCCCUACAAAUUUGAAGUCAAAAAAUGGGCUCCUGAAAUUUUUGCAGGAAUAUUCCGAUUUGGGUUUGAAAUUAGAUACAUUCGUCACAGGGGACAUUUGGUUGCAACUCACCUCUAAUAAUCUAAUUUUCACAAAAAAUUUCUUGAAUUUGCUAAGAGAUUGUAUGAAAUUGAAAACAACAAAGCUUCUCUAUACUAUAAAUGAAACUUUGUAUGCAGUAUUUGAUGCACAGAUAAGACAUCAUGAGUUAACUUUACGUGAGGAAAAGCGACUUGAACAAAGGAAACUAGUGACCAAAAAUGCAGAAUAUCUUCUCACAUCUCUAUUGGACGUCUGCCAGGAAGAGUAUAAAGAAGCAGUAGGCUUCCCUUGCGAGACAUUGUUACAAAUUCAGAAGGAGUACUCAGCACUACUAAACGGAAUAUCUCCGACAAGUAGAAGUACCAAGACUAAAUAUUCUUCUGAAUUCAUAUAAAUUAUUAUAUUGGUGCAUUAUCAUAUUUGUUUAUGUUAUAUUUCUCUAUUAAUAGAGUUACGAAAACAAAUAAAAUUUUAUAUUGAAACUUA